CUUAAGUUUAUGAUAAAAAUUAUUUUUGUAUUUAAUAAACGUAGCUUAAUAUUUUUUUUCAUUUUCUGCGUCUUUUUGGCUGACAAAAAAAGGUCACGUAAAUUCAGCGAUUCGCAGAGGUUCCGUAGAAGUUCUGUCUCAAUUUUUUUCUCGUUUUCAAUAAAAAACAAUCGGCUUUACUUUAUUAUACAGCGGAGUAUAUGGCUAUAGAUGUGCAUGAAUCGGCCAAAUUUAGCUGUCUUUGGCCCUUAGAGGCAAGUCUCUUCGUUGAGUCAUUAUCCCGCCCUACGUCUGACAGAAAAAGGCACAGAGUAGCAACGUGUCCAUAGCUGCCUACCUGGCUAAACGGUCUAGCUGAAAAAUUUCUACGGCAGGUUAUGUUGCCGUAGGCUAGCCGUUAUUGAUGCAGCAGCAGGUCGUAUAGUAUUCGAGUCUAUGUUGAUGGUAGCCUUAGCUAGAGGUGAUCGAAGAAGCCGGGACGAACGCUUCAUGACCCGUAUCCUUAAUUUAAUCAUACCCUUAACAAAGCCGAAGCUAAAUCGCGAUUGAAAUCAUUAAAAAUCUGUUAUACCAGAUUUUUUAUAAUUUCAUCAGGUUAUGUAUAUACAUAUAUAAUCUCUCCUAACUAAAUAAUAUUCAGUUAAUAUAAGGAGGGAUGACAACGAAAAAACUUGUCUGUUGCACCACUAAGUGGACGUACAGUCUCGUCAUCUAUCCAUAAGCACAGUGCGAUAUCAUUUUGUAGUAGUCCUUUUGACAGUAGCCUUACAAAUAACCUGAUAUAAUAUGGCCACUAAACCCUGAGACAAAGACUGCACAUAUCGAAAACGAUACCUAACUAGAACCAGGUAAGAUUAGGAUAACAAGAAGCGUGGAUGUAACUUGUAUAACGUGCUAGUAACGCGCGAGUUGAAUGUUCAUAGUAUUCUCGAGAUCUAGUUGUACAGCUUGUUUAUGGCGGUAAUAUAUGAACUGAUAAAUCAUUAGCGAGUCUCAGCCCUUGUGAGGAAUUUUUGAGUCAGCUAUAUGUUGAGCAAAUCAUCUUUAACGGCGCGCGUUUUCAAGUUUUGUUCCAUAUUAACUAAAAAUUUAUUCAAAAAACAAUUUAUUAGGUAAAGUCACUAUUAGAUAACCAUGCGACCAUUACUACUAAUUUUUUAUGGGUUUAGCAGUCUGCUAUGAUUAUUACUGCACCAGCGCUCAACUUGACGCUAACAUCUCUAUGUGUGUAACGAAAAUUUGUUUACUGUUAUAACGGCACUUUUAUUUUCUUCCCGCUUUGGUUAUCACAAGUUCGUUUGCUGAUGCAAGUUUAGUAGUAUUAUAAAUCGGGUUGAGCUGAUAGAAAUUUGUUUGAAAACAAGAUGCCACGAGAACCUUCGGCAUCUAUAAUAGGUAGCAACCGUAGAAUGAAUUAACUGUACUAUUGCUACUGUAUUAAAAUCCGUCACUUCUGUGGAUGUCAUGCUCGUUUCGAUUAAUGAACAUUUCGAGGGAAAUCUAUGCCUGAAUGCAUGACGUUACUAUCGCCAAUGUGAAUAAAUACAUUACUAAUAAUAACAAUGAAAAGUGCAAAAACAUCUACUCUUUUCAUUGCUAGAAUUACAACACAUUCAACACUGGUGAUGGUAUCCUUAAUUGAACAUGUUCACACUAAGUUUCGCCUAUAUUAUCGCGGAUGUAAAAUAGUACAUAAUGGCCGCGUGGGUAAUUUCAACUGGCGUGCGUAUAGUGUAACCUUCCUUCCUCAUAUAUCACGGAUAACCCAAGUGUAAGACGAAAGGGCAGUCCUAAGAGCGGUUAUUAAGCGGUGAUCUGAGUUAGAUUUCGUUGGCGGUUAUGUAAAGCCAUGUCGAUAAUUGAAACAGCGAUAUGGACACAGCAUACGAGACCAGUAAAGCGCUCCAAGCAGACAAGCUUUCUAGUGGCUACCGUUUGAAGGUUGAUCCAGACGUCAACAAAUGAGGCUGCAACGCAAGCGAAGUCAUUAAUAAAGAGAAAACUGCACAUAUUUAAUUAGGACGAAGCUUUUGUAGCAACCCCAAAACAAUAAACAUACUGUCAUUUUAACGGUCAGUAGAGUGGCGACAUCGCCAUCAAUCGCAGAUAAUUAGAUUAAGGUUAUUAGGACAUUCUUCUGCAUAAUAAUUUCUAUCACGAGAUAUCAAGAUUAGGGUUCGGAAAAACCAAAUUUUUCAAGUAGUUUAUCCUUGAAUCUACUCAAAAUAUCUGGAAACGUUUUAAACCGGAGCACAGUGAAUUCCCACGAAUAUUUAAUAUAUUGCAAGUCCUUGAUAAGGGUAGUUAUUCUUAAUAUUGGUGUUUUUUUUUUCAAUUAUCAUCAUUAAUUCUGCAGCAAGGGACAAAAUUCUUUAUUUAAAAUUCAAAACUUUCACAUCUUUGCUAUGUCGGUAGGGGUAUUGCGUUUGCUAGUAAGCUAACAUCAGGUUUUGGAAAAAAAUAAGGUAUUCCUGUCGUUAAACAGGAAAAUAUCUCAAUGACAUAAAAUAACUAGGGGCUGUUAUUCGGUAACACAGAAGGAACUCAACAGCUCAAAAGAUGCAACAACUGCUCGUAAGCUGUAAGUAUCCGAUUAACGCCAAACAUGACAGGUACAUAAGCUUAUGUAAAUCACAACAAUUAAGGCGCCACUUGUUCAGACAGCGACACUGAAUAUGUUAUAGCGAUUGAUGGCGAUGUUACAGGCAUAAUGUAACGAACCGCUCAGAGAUGUGACAGGAGAAUGCGCCCACUUCCACUCUUAACCAAGAGAAAUAUCGACGGCUAAUAAGGAAGCAAGGCAUGUUUUAUCAUUUUUAGCGCUGGAUGAAGCUAAAUGACGGAACUUUUAAAUGCAUGCCCCGUGACCUACAAAAUAUGCCCAUUAUACGAACGUUUCAUUAUGUAGGGUAGCAAUGAUGAAACAUUGUAAUAAGAAGCUUGUAGCAGUUAGGUAUCAAACGAAGUUCGUUCGAUAUAUUUGAUUACGUACGGCUUCGUGGACGAUCACUCAUUGUAGACGAGACAUAUAUAAACGACAAGCAAUAAUUUCUGCUCAGCUAAUUAAGUGCUAAUAAAGUGGAUCUUUUCAAUCCCAUCAACUUAAAAGGAUCAUAAAUAUUGCAAUUAAAUACGAUUAGCCAUCAGUCCUCAGUAGAACAUUUUUUACAUAAUUACAUAACAUAAAUAGCAUCACUUCACCGUAGUGUGCUCCUAUUUCGAUAAACGCUAAGUUCUAUUAUAAAAAUUGAUUUGGAUUGAUGCAAUAAGUGGACCUUUCAUCAAGUGCAUAUAUUGAUUAUUUGUAUGCCUGGCAAAAUAUUUGUACGUGAAAAGUAUCUUCGAUUUGUAUAUAAUGCAAGAAUUCGUAUAGGAAUGCUAAGUACACGUAUCUUAUUGUGCAAAUCGAGUUGAUAAAUUCACGCAGAUAUGUACGUAUGUCUCGAUACCGGCUAGAGCAAUUUCUGUGAAUAUGGGCUGGGAAAUUGUCGUCAGAAAAACGACUGCGAGAGCUAGAUGACAUUUCAAUUGGAACAAGGGACAUAUGGGGCGUCCCGUACAUGAACGCUGGCACCUGAAAAUCUGAACUGAUCAAUUAAAAAAUUUGCCUCUGCACGUUAUGAGCUGUCCUUGAAAACUGCGGAAAGCACAUGGACCCGUCAACGUUGCACGGUCGAUUGUGGAUAUAUUUGCUUAAAUGAAAUAUUAUUUCGGAUGUUAUACGGGCUUUUCGGCAUUAGAUAGCCAUACGUUUCCGUGUUUUAUCACCUUAUCUUGCUGCAAAUCAUAAUAUGAUAAUGUUAUCUGUGCUGCUGUCACUGUUUUUCGACCAGCUGUUUUCUAUUAUGUGUUUUACCGCAUAUCUAUUUGAGAUAGAAGCAACUUCCUUGGCGAACUGCAGAGUUAUACUCUGUCUUUCGGUAGCAGCUUGAAACUGAGCAGUGAUUCUCUUAGAGCGUAUAGCAGGAACAGGACUAUUGUUGAACAGCUAUCUGUGCCCAACUGCAAGUGAAUGUGGCGGUUAUAUCGUUUCAGCGAUUUUUUUUACGCUAACUAUACUACGCUCACAAUAGCGUCCCACUAUCGAGUUGUGGCUGUUCUGCCAAUUCCAGAGUAGUUCUAUCUUUUACCGCUGAAUAACAAACAACGGCGCCCUGUUUAAUGUUAAAAUCCAGGGGGAGUAUUUCGUGGAUUUUCACAUUUUAGCGUUUCGCUUCGUGGGGCAUAUUGUUGUGUCCUUUAUUCUUACAUACUCUUUUUUUCACGGCAAAGGCUGCAUUGCUAAUAUCGGUAGAUAUUGAUGGUAGUAGUAAUAUUGAUGGAUUGACAAAUUCGACACGGCAAGACGUAGUCUUAGUAUCAGGCUACGUUUUGAAGAAAUAGCUGGCAUCAUGGAACGAUUCCAGACUAGUAAAGAUGACUUACAACCUUUACGAUGUGUUCACCUUGAAUAACACACGUCUGUCAUGAUUGAUCAAAAAAAUGAGGGCCGCGAUGGGCUUCGUGGAACCUUGGGAUCUUUGUCUGCAUUCGCUGUGCGGGUAUCCAUCGAAAUCUUGGCGUCCACAUUUCCAGGGUGAAAUCGGUGAACCUCGACUCUUGGACCGAUGAACAGGUUGGAUCCAUGCAGAGCAUGGGAAACUCAAAGGGUCGAGCUGUUUAUGAGGCAAAUCUCCCUGAUGGAUUUCGCCGUCCACAAAAUGAUUCAGCUUUGGAAACAUUUAUCCGAGGCAAGUACGAGCACAAGAAAUACAUCGCCCCGGAGUGGAUCCCGCCAACCGGACCGCAGAAGGCUGAUUUAAGUGUGCUAGGCCUGUCAGCCACAGGUCAUAGCAGAAUAUCGACAGAAAGAAAAGUCGACUUGUCGGCUGCUGCAAGUUCAGUGCCCAGGCCGAAUUGCGUGGGUAACCUUAAGGAAGGCCUUACAUCGCCAACUGCACCUGCUGUCCAAAAGCCCCAGCAGCAACAGAGUUCUGCAGCUCCUACAUCUCCAAGCGACGACCUGUUCGCGGAAUUCAUUUCGGCACCGCUUCCUGCAGCCACUUCAAUAGCCAAUCCUCCUCGGAGUCCAGACUCUGAGGAAAAAGAUUUUUUCAGUCAAGUAUCUUCUGGAUCGACCGGAUCCGCUAAUGGCGUCUGUGGUCAUGGGAGCGGGAACGCCAAAAUUGACACCGCUAGCAUAAUGUCUUUAUACGCGAAGACUCCAUCAGUGCAAUCACCACUGCUACAACAACAGACCGGCCUAAACAUGAGUUUUAUGGGUCCCCUAAAUGGGCUUACACCGCAGAUGGUUGCUAAUAAUCCCUUCCUCAUGGGUGGGGCUAUUGUAGCACUUCAGCCACCGUUAAGAAUGUCAGCCGGCUACGCGCAUCCCAGACAAUUGAACGGUUUAGGCCAACUCGGGGGAUUUGGUGGGGUUCCUGCGACACAGGCCGCGUUUAUCGCCAAUCAGGGACACUUCGGAAAAUCCAUGAGUACGGUUCCGCUUGCCGGGGCUGUGCCGACCCAAAUAGCCGGAGGUGUAAUAGCCCCGAACCUAACUAGCGGUAUACCCGCGUCUAAUUUAAAUUCAAUAAACUCGCACAUGUCUACCCUACAGCUCGGGUCAACGACAGGCGUUAAUCUCGGUACGAAAAUUCAACCGACGACGGCGGCGACGACGACGACAACAACGACGACGACGACGACGACGACGACGCAGCUUAAAGCAACCACCAACGGAAAUACGCUUACACCGAAUUUCAAUUAGAAUUUUGUAGCGUACUAAUUCUCUCUGUACAUCGGUUUCCACAACUCUACUAGCUAGGAGACUGAUUAGUGAAGUUAAUUUACAGAGACGUUUGAUAAUGAUAGAGCAGACGAUCCAAUUAGCGGCUAUAGAUUCUGCAACGCUUUUGAAAAGAAAUUUUCGGUGUCAACAGAUUUUUUGUUUAAUCAUUGCUACAUCCUCGACUAACAAAACAAAUCGAAGUAACUAGUAUACACUUAGACACACAUGCCAAUAAAUUCUGCCCAUGAAAAUGGCAGUGACGGCGCUAAAUGAAGUCUCAAAGGAUCCUUCAACGUUUUUAUUUCUUUACAUAUAGCGAUAAAUGUUUGGGAAGAUAAUGACGAUGAAAUAAAGAAGGUAAGAGUACGUUGUCGGUGCCAUGUCGUUUAAUGGAAUUGUCCGCUGGAGAGUGUCAAAAUAUAGGAGGACAACUCGGAAACAUGUAUGAAAAGACAAAUACUAAACGAUCACGAUAGUUAAUUCGAAAAUUAAUUAAUAGGUCAAUGGUCAGUUAAACUAUGAGAACAAUGAUACUGCUCACGUGAUGUUCAUUUAUAGAUAAUACAAUGAUGAACCAGUUUUGUUUGGAACAGCUGUUCGUAGCGUUGGUCUGUGCUCAGUGACAAGAAGUAGCAGCUCUUCCGCAUAUGCCUUUAAUGGGAAUGAUAACGGUGGCUGUUUUGCCAGGCUUGUCUUCAACAUUGAUAUGUCGCCAUUGGACAUUUUUAGAGCGUUUCCCUGUCACCGAAUAACAUAAGGGAUCCUCAUUAAAAAGAAACCACACGAAAAAACAGAUCAGCUGAAGGCAAAAAAGGCUGAAGGUACUUGUUAGAAAGUUUUCUAUGAGAGACCCAAUGAUCCACUUAGAGGUUCACUAUGAGGGGCAUGCCUGACGUUUAAUUAUCGUUUUGAUAUAUAAUUGGGUUAGAUUUCCGUAUGACGCCUCUCUGAAUAAAGGUCGUCCUGGAACGUGCCCUUUUUUCUUGUUAUUGCUUGGAUCGGGGUUUGGGCGGCCGGGAGAUCAAUUAAUUGAGAUUAAUUUUCUUAAGUUUUUAGUAAGAGAAAGGAUAAACGAUAUAUACAUACAAAGAUAUACUGUACGCUCUUAAGUGAGACUCAAGCCGGGAGCACCGUAUGCCUGUUGUCGCGAGUGGUUCCGCAGUUAGGCCAGAUAAUUCAUGUAAAUAAGAACAAAAGAUAGCUAAUAAGAAUAUUGUAUGCGCUACAAACAAAUAAGGGAUCGUCUGAGUGUAUAUUUGCAACGCUUCAGAGUAUAAGCUGGAAAAGACGAAGGAAAAUAAUUAUGGUUUACAGGCGAAGAUAUAUAUACAUACGACAUUUUCAAUGUUCCGGUGAGAUGUUUUCACUGUUUGAAGAAGUCGAUUUUAAAAUAAUAGCGAUGUAAAACAAUUCUUGCUUGAGCUGUUUUGGCAUUAUUAUAUGAAAUAACAUGUUGGUUGAUUCAACGAAAUUGCAAACGAGUUACAAUGUAAAGAUGGCUAAUUGUUAUCGUACGGAACGACUAGGUACACUGCCGUGGCGCAGGUGAUGUAAGACCUGGGCAAUGCGCAAAAAGAACGAAGACAAACAAGAGUUUACAACAAUUAGUUACAGAAGUUUUGGAUUGGUUGGUGGUGACACGUUAUAACCGACUAAAAUAAAAACGGCAAAUUAAUAAAAACAAAUAGUAGAUUUACUGUUGGUGAAAAAGUA